CUAGUUAGAAAGGGAGACCCAAAGAGAAAAGCACAGACCCCACAAAAGGACGCUGGGAUCUCAGAGUCGCUGGCCAGGCGCCACGGGGGCGGGGGCACCGAGAGGCGGUCCCGCCUUGGGGGUUGGGGCACCGCCGGCUUAAAGGCGGUUCGUUCGCUCAGCAGCUGCUCCCUCUGCCACAUCUUUUCCCCUGCCAUGAUGGCCUUGUCACAGUUCCUGCUACUCCUGCCCCUGCUGCUGGUGCUGGUGGACCCCGCGGCCGCUCGAGCGUCCCAGGUGGACCAGAGGCCGAGCGCCUGCAAGGGUGGUGAACUGUGCCUGCUGGUGCCCCACAAGAAGUUGGAUGCACCUCUUAUAAAUGUGACCCUCUACUACGAGGCACUUUGUAAUGGCUGCCGGUAUUUCCUGAUCCGAGAUCUCUUCCCAACAUGGCUUUUCGUCCAAGAGAUCCUCAAUGUCACCCUGGUGCCCUAUGGGAAUGCUCAGGAAAAAAAUGUCAGUGGCAAGUGGGAAUUCGAGUGUCAGCAUGGAGAAGAGGAGUGCAAGCUCAACAAGGUGGAGGCCUGCAUAUUGGACAAGCUGGAGGCACCAGUAGCCUUCAUGACUAUUGUCUGCAUUGAGGAGUUGGAGAACAUGGAGAAAAAUCUCAAACCUUGUUUAGAGCUCUACGCCCCAGAAGUGUCACCAGACACCAUCAUGGAGUGUGCAGCAGGGGACCGUGGCACCCAGCUCAUGCACAUGAAUGCUCAGUUGACAGAUGCCUUGCAGCCACCCCAUAAAUAUGUGCCCUGGGUCCUCGUCAAUGGGAAAGUCUUGGAGGACCCUAGCCUGCUCCUGGCUGUUGUCUGCCAGCUGUACCAGGGUGAGAAGCCAGAUAUCUGCAAACUCAUGGCCAGAUCUGACAGGAAGGUCUGCUUCAAGUGAUGGCCGGUGUCCUGGGAGGAAGCUGCUGGAAGAACAGUGAGAGCUCAGUUCCCCACCCUUUCUCUGAUCUCUAGCUCUCAGUGUCUACUGCUCAUCAACUAGAUAACCUCAGUGCAUCCCAUGAAGCCCAGAUGGAAAACUCUGCCCCAUGAUGAAGAAUCUUGCCCCAUUGAAAAUAAAAUGAAAUGUUUCA